AUGGCCGAGUCAGCACAUGGGAUUUCUCUUUUGGACGAUCCACACUCGGCUUAUUUUGUGCAUCACUCAGAUCAUCACGGUUUAAUCUCGAUUACUCCGAAGCUUACUUCAACGAAUUACUCAGCAUGGAAUAGAUCAUUUUAUCUUGCUUUGUCCAUUCGCAAUAAGCUAGGGUUUAUUGAUGGUACGAUUCCUCAACCCUUAGUUACUGACAAAUUGUAUAUGCCGUGGAUAAGAUGCAAUAAUUUGAUUGUUGCCUGGUUGCUUGAAUCUUUAACACCAUCAAUUGCUUCCACUGUUUUCUAUAUGAGUAAUGCGGCUCAAAUAUGGGAAACCCUAAAACGAAGGUUUUCAUUGCCAGAUUAUGUUAGAAUUUGUAAUCUGCAGCACACACUUAAUGGCAUUACUCAAGAAAUUAUAUCAGUUGAUCUGUAUUUUACUGAGUUGAAUUUUGUUUGGGAAGAGUUGCGUAGCUUUCACCCUCUACCUAAGUGUACUUGUGGAGGUUUUCAGGAAUUUGUUGAUCAGAUGGCUAAGGUUAAUAUCUUUCGAUUCUUAAAUGGAUUGAAUGAUAGUUUUUCUGCUAUAAGAUCACAGAUUAUAAUGAUGAAGCCUUUUCCAUCUUUGGAUGAGGCAUAUAAUCUUGUUUUAAGAGAAGAAAAUAAGAGGAAUUUUCAUGUCACGGUUCAGCCAUUAAGUGAGACUGCUGCUAUAUCAGUAGUUGCUGGUGAAAAAUCAAAAAGAAAAUCUAAUUUUUUAUGCUCAAAUUGUGGAAAGAAAGGUCACUUAAAGGAUAAGUGUUAUCGACUGAUUAGAUUUCCUGCAGAUUAUAAGUUCAAUAAGAACAAAUCUAAUGGCAAUAAUAAAAGAAGUCAAUCUUAUUCUGCCAACAAUGUGAUUUCUAUAGCCAAGUCUAAUGAAGCUGGAGAUGAGGGUAUCAAUGGUUCGAUGUCUCAAAUUGGCCUUUCUAAGGAUCAAAUUCAUAAGAUGCUGUCUCUCAUCAAUGAACAACCAUUAAUCAAUCAAUAUGAUACUCCUACAAUAUCCAGUCAGUAG